AUGCCAUUCACAACAGCAAAGUCCUCAGCAAGAGGUUCACGAAAGCAGUCCCAUUCGCGUGGAAGUGACUAUGCUGCCGCUCCUCGUGGCAGAGCCGCAGCUCCAGCUAAUAUUUCCGCAAAGCGUGGACGACCCACAACAUCGCCUCAUAUGGUCCUGACUGCAGACGUCCUGACAAAACGACCGUCGCAUGUGGUCACUGAGGUCCUGCUUACCCCGCAAGUGCUCUUCGCCGCGCAGACCUUACCGCCUCCAGAUCUCAAAAGACCGAUCAGCCGGCUUCAUCGACCGCCACAGCAGCUACCAGGACGCACCAGCAGUUUUACCAUGCCAAGCCCGUGUACCGCCGAUGCCACCACGGUGAAUAGUCCUUACAGUCCAUACUUUCCAUUCGACAGCCCCAAAUCAACGCCAGAGACAAGUGAUGACAAUGAUUCUCCGACGUACCUAUUCCCCGUCACUAGUCGCACUGGCUCUCCGGACGAUCCCACCGGACCAGCUCCUGCCACGCUACAGACAGCUCUGGGUGCUGGUCGACUUGAUCCGUUUAGUGUUUAUUGCAAGCAGGACUUGGCGUUGGAGGUUCACGAGAUGAUUGACCACAACCUCCAGCACGUCUGUUGUUCCUUCACGCUGGCAACAAAACCAGUCGAAAUAGACAAGGUCAAAGCCUAUAUCAUGGGACAUGCCAUGUCGGACCCUAUUACCUUCUACGCGAUCAUCCUCGCAGGUGUCACACAUUACAUAUUCUCUCACGGAGAGAAUGAAGUUUCCCCAGAAGUCCGCAUGCUUCGGCUAUCUUACAAGACACAAGCCAUGGUAGAGAUUCGGAAGGACAUUGAGCAACGACAGGGCAAAGUGUCCGACGCAUGCCUCUUCGCUAUCAACACAUUGGCUGCUCAUGGUGGCGGCGACUUCGGCAAAGGAGGGUUAUCGCUUGACCGGACUCAAGACGGUAAAGCUCUUGGCAAUGCAAAUGCUCUGAACUACUAUUCUGCCAUCGAAACCGAGUGGGAUCACUGGAACAUCUUUACAAAAUUGAUGAGACAACGUGGCGGCCCUGGUACACUUGAGCAUCCAGCCAACGUAAGAGGCUUUCCGCCAUCGCCUGGGCCAGGCUGCAUGACCACCACCGAUGUGCUCAUUGCCUGGCGCAAUUUGCAGUGCCCGGAGUUUCCGUUGUGGGUCAGCACAGACAAGGUCAUCGACCUGCAAAGGCUGGAACGAGACCCGCCUGCAGCAUUGUUGAUGCAGAAAUUGCUGAGCGGCUUUCCUGCUAUGCCAAGAAACAACAUGCAUUCAAGACGACUGACGGCACUUCUGAAGAAGACACGAACCCUCCUUGUCGAUUUCGAUCAGUACCAGCGCGACGUUCAGCAGAAGCCAGCCAAAGAAACCAAAGUAGACAUCAGACUACUUUACUGGACUCGACUCAUGCUUCUACACGACCUGCUACUCCUGCCAGAUCUCAGCCUUAGCGACAAUCCCCUGGAACUCAUGUAUGAGCUCUGCCGCAACGGCUUGCUGGCUUUUGAGCAGCUAGUCCUGGUUCCCGUUGCCGCAAGCAAUCGGUUGCCUGAAAAGCUUCUAACGAAUUUACUGCCACUUCUCCAACGCUGUGUAACUUCCAUACAUGGCCGCACUCUGGAUCGUGAACAUCCCAGCCUGUUCCUAUGGGCGGUCAUGAUGGCAGGUAUGCUCGCCAUGGAACACUAUGUUGCGUUUGGAAACUCAACUUUGCUUGACAAGGUAUCAGCGUUCUUCGACCGAGUGUCGAUCAAGCCUGAGAAAAACGCUUGGUCCAUGGCAGCCGCUAUGCUGCGCAGCUUUCUGUGGCUGGACUCCGAGUGCGAUACGCCGGGGCAACGGUAUUGGAACUAUGCUUGUCUGUGGUUGGCGGAGCGUACGAGAAAUCAAGCUCAAGCUGAAGCAGAGGCGGCAGAAACGAUAGAAAUUUUCCCAGGUUGA